CAAGACGGUGUCAGUGUGAGUGGCUCUACCGUAGUAUACUGACCUUCUCAAACGACAUACGUAUACAACCGCCACUUUCUCACCACUCACUCCGUCUGUCCUCUUCUUCUCUGCUGCUUGCUGUCAACACUAACUACUGCGAGUCACUUCUGCCUAUUGAAAUCGCAGCAGUCAGUAUGGUGACAGGCUACUCGCAUAGAGCAGCAUUCGACAGUGGUGUUCUGUCUGUUGGUGAGAUUCACAAGCUGCACUACGAACAAUAUGGCAAUCAGGAUGGCAAGCCAGUGAUCUUCUUGCAUGGUGGCCCUGGAACCGGCACCUCCAUCGGGAAUACGGCCUUCUUCGACCCGUCGGUAUAUCGUGUGCUUCUACUCGACCAACGAGGCGCGGGCAAGUCUAGACCCGUGGCCGAGACUCGCGAGAACACAUCGCAGCAUCUCGUGGCGGAUAUCGAGACCUUGCGAAAACACUUACACAUCUCCAAGUGGCACAUGGUAUUCGGUGGCAGCUGGGGCAGUACACUUGCUCUUCUGUACGCACAAACGUACCCUGCCGCCGUGGGCUCUCUCGUCCUUCGUGGCAUCUUCUGUGGUCGGAAGCUGGAGACAGACUAUGUGAAUGGCGCGAAAGGAGCGGCGAUGUUGUUUCCCGAACAGUACGAGAACUACAUCAACUACUUACCACUUGAGGAUCGCCACGAUCUUUUUCAGGGAUAUCAUAAGUUGUUGAGCUCUCCAGAUCACGAAGUCCGUCGUGCUGCAGCCAAAGUCUACAACUCAUAUGAGUUCAGUCUGAGCAAAGUCGAGCCGCAACCGGAGGAUUACACGAAGCUGGAAGACGACGACUUCUCUCUGGCGCAUGGCGUUCUGGAGUGCCAUUACUUCCAAAAUAAUAUCUUCCUGGAAGAUGGCGAACUGCUGCGACCCGAGAACAUUGAUAAGAUUAAGCAUAUUCCCACCAGUAUUAUUCAGGGUCGAUUCGACUUCGUCUGUCCUCCACGCACCGCAUGGGACUUGCACAAGCUUUUACCCGAGUCCAAGCUCUAUAUGAUUCCCAUGUCAGGUCACAGUGCUAUGGAACCCGGGAACUUCAAAAAGCUAGUGGAAGUCUGUGAUGAGUAUGCUCAGCUCCAGCUCGUCUAGUCUCGGGCAGCAGAAGAGUAGACCCAGAGAGCUUCUGCAGGCUCGAGAGCGCCGAUCCAUCUGCAUUCGCUCGGCAUUGAUCACCUCAACACUUUAUUUCAUCCGAGAUUCGACCCGGCUGUAGAUAUGAACCCGGCUGCCAAGUGCCCAUCAAUGUCCGCAUACCAAGUGAAGAGCUACUGACACUAGUGAUGGCGAUUUUCUUGCAGCAACCCAAUUGGAAGCGAGGCCAAGAACCAGAGCUUUAUCCACAUAGAUUACCUCUCUUCACCUAUCAUGUCUACUGUAUAAUCAUCAUACGCCUCAGAGAAUUCUUUUACUUUAAGAUGUGAACCUGACACUGACCUGUCGUACAUACACACCAACACACACAUCACACAUCACACAGCUACCAACCAUCAUGGGGCUCAACGAAAAGCCCACUCCAGUCACUGUCGACAUCACCCCAGCAUCCGAAGAACAAACACCACAGCCCACCCCCGAA